AUGCCGACGAUGCUUACUCUAAAGACACUGCUCGCGCUCCCCGUCUUCCUCUCCUCAACAAUCAUCAGCUUCGCUCUCGCAGCACCGGGCGGCUCACCAAAAGGCUCAGACGAAUCGGACGGCUUCCUCGACGUCGACAAGAAGGAACCUUUCCUCAACUACGCCGCAUCAUUAACUGGUGGAGAAGGCUGCAGAGACAAAGACCUGAAAUGGAUCCACGACGGCUUCGAUGAAAUGAACAGACUGUUCAGCGCAGCACAAGACCCCGACUUCGAAAAGGAGUGCGAAAUUGAGUUCUUCGGCCGUCCAUUCCAAAUAAAAAAUUACACAGAUCUAAUAAGAGCGAAUUUGAGACGGGCGGGGCAGUAUGCGAAUCUGCAGGGGGAUGAUCUAAUUAAUCCGGAUAUACACGUGAGAUGCGACGAUCCGAAUAAUAUAUGCGACGAGGGGAACAAAAAAGACGGCAAGCACGCGGCAUAUAAUGUUGGGAAUGAACCGCACAUAAACUUCUGCCAGAGGUAUUUCAAGCUGGACCCGUUGGACGAACAGGUGAAGGAUGAAUCGAGCAAUGACCAGGCCAACAUGUACCUAAUCAACUACUAUAAUCGAGCUACGCUAUGGGCCCGGAUGGUUAUGCACAUCUCGAACGUUGGAGAAGCUGUAGUGAUGAAGCCUUCCCCAAACCUUCAACCUAACGCCACUCGAGAGUGGACUUUGGCCCCCACGACAGGCCCGAUGAAAACAUCUGUUAUAGCAGGAGUUAUGGACGACAAGCAAGGGCCAAUGAACAUCCGAGUCCUGAAAUUCGCGUACGGUGUGACGCGCGCCAAGCUCCUUGCCACUCUGUCCACACAGAACCCUUAUGAUGCAUUGAACAAUGCCGAGAACUACGCUUUGUAUGCGCUGGCGCGAUAUGUAAUCCAGACGAAGGGAUUCUUUCCAAACAUGCCGCUCGUGAACUUCGGCAAUGAUAUGGCCGUUUUAACGAACGAACAGAUCAUGGAUGGGGACAAGAAAAAGUUCGCCUGUUUCGAUAUGCCGGAUGUCGCGUAA